AUGUCGACGCGCCCGAGACCGAGACCGAAACCACGACGCCUGACGGUCGCUACUGCAGCCGCCUCGUCCACCGGUCCAUCCUCAAUUGUCGGGACUUCACCGCCUCCUGUUUCUGCUGUAGUAGACCUUACUAUCGAAGAUGAGGAUGCUCUCUUCAUUCGAAACCGAAAUAGGACUGCACAAACAUGGAAGAAAUUGAAUAGAGCUACCGAAGACAGCUCGGGUGACGAGGAAGGCAUUGCUUCCCCUCGCCGUCGAAAGAAUCAGAAGAAAGGCCAUAAAGAGCAAAGUCUGCCUGCGUGGACACGGGGAUCGUCAGCCGUUCAUGACCUGUUAUCAUCGGACGAGGACGAGGAAGCGAUCCGGCGACGCAUAGAGACACAGACAUCGAAUGCAAAGGGUGUCGAACAGUUAGCUCGCCCAUUCAAUGGCAACAACAAACGUCCUAGGAGUCGUUCGAGAUCAAUAACACCUCCCCCCGCUCUUCCGGCACACGCUUUACAACAUGCACGGGAUGCGAUCCGCGAAAUCAUGGGCAUUAUCCCGCGAGCACCAUCCCCCACUUAUGAGGAGGAGGAGUCAGCGGAUGUGUUUGAAUUAGACCCUGAGCUAGCGCGCAUAAGAGCACAGAUACGCUCUCAAUCAGACAGCUUUGAGACGCCCGCGUCCCAGGAUACUGGCGGGCCACCUACUGUAGCUGUCAAAGUUCGAUGGAUACCUCAUCCUCAGAACCCUGCAGCACGAUCAGACGUGUGGGGCUUCAAGCUCAACAGGGUUAUUUGUGAUAAUCUCCGUGUCAGCUAUGAGAACAAACGCGUCUUCCCAUCUGCGACACCACAUAGCUUGAAAAUCUGGUCAGAGGCCGAACUCGAAGCCUGCGAUGUGAGGACGUACGAGUACCUGCAGGACAGCCGACGCCAGCGCUCCCUGUCUGUGCAGCCCGUUGACCUUGGAGACCACUUGCGCUCUAAGGCACGCGCUCCAUCUCCCAUUCCGGAAGAGUCGGACGACACGGGCGCCGAGUCCGCGUCUGACACGUUCCGGCUUACUCUGCGCUCUGGCAAGACAAAGGAUAUUGUCCUGACCGUCCGCCCCUCGACCGCAUGCGGUGCCAUCGUCAAGGCGUUCCUGAAGAAAUCGGGCUUGGCUGAGCAGUACCCAGAACCUACUGUGGAAAAAAGAAAGGGGAAGAAAGGCAAGCCUGCCGAGGGGCCACGUCUGAUGCUUGACGGAGACAAGUUGGAUCCAGCGUCGGAGAUCGGUGCUGCUGACCUUGAGGAUGGCGACUUGGUGGAGGUCGUGGGGUUGUAG